CAAGAAGCGAGAAGACGAGGGUUAGAGACUACACGGAUGCAGAAGGAUUGCUUCAGAACUAUAACUAGGGUUACGCCCCCGCCCAAUGGACUCUCCUGAGCCUUCGAAAGCCGCCGCUGCCGCCGCCGCAACCGCCAGCUCAACCGCCGCUUCAUUUUCAUUGCCGGAAUCGGCUGCAGUCCAAGAAUCACCCGUCUUUAACUACAUCAACAAUCUUUCUCCUAUAGGACCUGUGAAGACAUCAAUAGCUGUACAAGGUUUCCCGGGGAUCAAUUCACCGCCUCUUGUGUUUACAUCACCUCGAAUCAAUCCACGCAUACGGUCAAGCUUUCUGGAAAGGACUCGGUUCCCUCAACUGUCCAACGAAGAGUUUUCCUUAAAGGAUGGCAAUCAGAACGAUAUUUCUGCAUUGACUGAUGAAGCCGGAUCAUCAAAUUCUCGGUUACUCAGUGGAUCGGUACCUUGCACUGACAAAGCGUUUGAUAUCAACACCUAUGUGCAGGAACAGCCCGAAAGUCAGCCUAUAUGUGUUGAUGAUUUCUUGGUUGAUGCUGCUAAAAUGGGGUCUGCUGAUUCAAGAAAUAAUAGUCCUCCACAUGCUGAUGAUUAUAUAGGUUCACAUGAAUCUGUUAAUCGUAUUGAUGGUGAAAGUAAAAUAGAAAAUGGGAUUGCAAUGGGUGUAGAGAAAGUUGAAGAGGGUCAUAAAGGAAAGACAUCAAUUGAUAUUAACAAGACUUUUGAAACUGAUGUGAAUACGAGCGAUGAAAAUGUUGAAUAUGAUCAAUAUUUAAAGGUGCAACCUGAUUCAUCUGCUGAAAUUGCUCUUGAUAGCCAAUAUGCUCACCGUAUAAUGAUUGAGGCUGGUGAACAUCAACGUGGCAUUUUCAGGCGCUGUCUACAAUUUGACAAUUUACCACAGAAAACAGUAAAAAUUUCAGAUCCUUGUAGUUUGCCAGAGAGUGUUGACUGCUUAAACUCUGUUGCUAGUCCUAUUGCUUCGGAAGCUCUAGAGCCAAUUUCAUUAAAUACACAAACCCAAGGCUGCAGUCAGUUGCAUGACUCUCAAAAUGCUGAAAAUUCUACCUUGAAACCCCCCAAGCCUUCGGGCAUAGGAUUACACUUAAAUAGCAUUGUGAAUACUGUGCCAGGGGGUUGCGGUGCCAGAGGUUCCACAAUAAGCAUGAAGUCUGCAGAGAUGAGAAACUGCAGUGGUGAAGGGAGUAAAACAAUGGGUAGGAUAAAGUAUCGUGUUAUUGACAAUUUUAUGGAAGGGUCGAUUUCAUCAAAAGUUGGGGAAGGCAUACUGGAAAGCAUUGAAGAGAGCACCUUGCAGGAAGAAAGUUCUGCACAUUUAGCCCUGCAUAAUGUGAAACCUAUGGAUAACGUUGUGCCAUUGAAGCUAUUGGAAUGUCGGUCAAUUCCUGAUCAUAAAAGGACAUCUAGUUCUGAAAAUGUUGAUGGAACUUCAACAUCUAAUCAAUCAACUCUCAAAAAGAAAAGGAAAAAAACAUCAGAUGCCAGUGACGAUGAUGGCUGCAAACGAUGCAAUUGUAAAAAGAGUAAAUGCUUGAAACUUUACUGCGAUUGCUUUGCUGCUGGAAUCUAUUGUGCUGAUCUUUGCGCUUGCCAAGGGUGCUUCAAUAAACCUGAAUAUGAAGAUACAGUCAUGGAUACUCGGCAACAAAUCGAAGCCAAAAAUCCACUUGCCUUUGCCCCAAAAGUCGUACAGAACACUGCAGAUUCUCAUUCUAACGUCCUUCAAGAUAAUGGCGUCAGUGUCACUCCAGCAUCUGCAAGGCACAAAAAGGGUUGCAAUUGCAAGAGAUCAAUGUGCAUGAAAAAGUAUUGUGACUGCUACCAGGCUAAUGUUGGAUGCUCUAGUGCAUGUCGUUGUGAAGGAUGUAUGAACACAUAUGGACAGAAGGAAGAUUAUGAUAGCUUUAAGGGCCUGGUGAAGACGCUUGUAAUAAGUGGCAGAGUUCAUGGCUCAUCUAAUGAAAAGUUAGAACUAGUAUCAUGUAGGGGCACACAUGAACACACUGAACUUAGCCAUCCACACAAUAUGACUCCGAUGACACCAUCACUUCAGUGCUCAGACCACCGGAAUGAUGAAUCAAAGUCUUUGUUUCCAUCUGAGUCACCACAAUCAGACCACGCUAUGUUAUCACGCGUUGAAAUAUCUAAGAGAUUCAUCACAAGCUCUGAUAAGCAUGAGUUGAUCCAUGAAACUACUGAUAUUUUAGAUCUAGUCUCUUUUGAUGAAGAGAUAGAAAAUGGCAAUGCAUUAGUAGUAGAUGGAUCCUCACAAGGUGAUACAGUAGCAGCCGUUAUUCGGGCUAGGGAACACGUGUAUACUGGAAUUCGCCAUUUGUCAUCCACAGGUUCUUUCAGUUGGAAUAGUUCUCCAAUUACCCCUCUGAUUAAUUACAGGAAAAAAGGACUUGUUGACUCAGUCAACUCUGACGACACACCGGACAUACUUAAGGAUUCUUCUACUCCAUCCAACAGGGUGAAAGUAAGCUCCCCAAACAAGAAGCGGGUUUCUCCCCCUCAUGGUAACCAGAAGGAUUCUGAUUGUAGUUCAUCAGCCCGGCGCUUGAAAGCUGGCCGGAAAUAUAAGUUAGGAUCUGUCCCAUCAUUCCCACCCCUCACUCCAUGCUUUAAUUCCAAAGGGAGCAGUUUCACUCAGAAUCCAAAUGAUCAUCAGAAACUUAGCAACAUCAAAUGAUAAAAGCUGAAAAAGUUUGUACUAGAAGCCAAGGUGCAGUUUGUAAGCCGGCAUGUGUUCGAUAAGGACAAGAGAAUCUUGAUACCCAGGACUCUCUUGUAAUACUCACCAACAAAGUGAAUGGUCAAAAAUGGAGGGUCAUCUUGUUGGUUAGUAGCAGAAGUGUAUUGUUUUCUCAAAUGGUUGGCUAUUUGCUACACACUUCAUCUAUCACUUCCCAUAUUAUAUACUCAACAUGUAGGUAUCAUUCAUAGAGAGUAGUUGCUAGAUGUGGUGUAUUAUUGUGGCAUUGAUGCUAGAAGUGAAGAUUGGUGGGAACAAUGUAUCUUGGCUGAGAAUGAAUACUAAAUGAAUGCCUAGCCUACAUAUGUUUCCUUUCCUAAGUUCAGUUUACCAUUGUAUGAUAAAGUUGGCAUGUAAAUUUUGGCACUUCUCUAUAUGUUUUUCCAAAGUUGAGGGUACCCUCAAAGUAAACUUUGGCACUUAAGUUCCUAGACUUGGUUUUUUUAACCCAUGUUUUGUUUUGUUUAAGGUUUCGGUGUUUGCCCUCUCAUCACUUUUUUUGUGUGGA